CUUUUCAUUGUACUAGUGAAAGUGCAUUGACCAGCAGUAUCUAUGAAAGUAAACUACAUUAUUCUGUAACGAAACACAAACUUAGCCACUGAGUAAGCUAUACUCUCAUGCUUGUGUUUAAAACCUUUACUCUGCUGUCACUGCACCACCUCAUAAGUAACCUCUUCCCUUGGGCUGGUUAUCUUGGUCAGAGCAUAUGCCUCAUUGGGAGAAACAGGAACAUCAGUUGUCUUGGUGGUAGGGUUAGUGGCCUCUGCAUAGGUCUCAGUCUUGUUCCUAGACCUCCUCAUUCUGAAGAUGAGUAGACAUUGAGUGAGGAUGACUGUGGUGAGAGUGAGGAUCAGCAGCAGAGAUACUGCUGACACAGCAAUCACAGCUGAGCCACUGGACUCCUCACUACAUGUACUGUCAUUCUCUCUGUCUCCAGGAACUGACGUAGGCAC